CGUUUUUCCUCUUCCCAAAUCACCGAUCCAAACAUAGUCUUAGAUUAAGUUAAACCCCUAAAUCAGUUUUUGUUUAUGUUAAACUUAAACCAGUGCCGCUGUUGUUUGAUGCUUCAUUCCCAUUCGCAAAAGUUAGUCAUCUUCAGACUCUGAUACCCAACUUGCGAACCCAUCAAUUGGGUCCAUAAAGUUUUCAACUUGACGAGUAAAGAUUAGUGCUUGCUCAAUCCCCGGAAUUGUUCCUUGUGAUUUUGCUGAAAGAUUCUUGAGGACCUUUUAAGAUGUUGGCAAUUGAUCCUGGAAAGAAAUUAUCUUUCAAUAGAUUGAUUAGCAAUGGUGAUUUGGUUAUAGUUUAUGAAAGGCAUGACAACAUGAAGGCAGUAACAGUGGCUGAAAAUUCGGUACUGCAGAAUCGAUUCGGUGUUUUUAAGCAUUCCGAAUGGAUAGGAAAGCCAUUUGGGUCUAAAGUAUUCAGCAAUAAGGGUGGUUUUGUAUAUUUGUUGGCUCCAACACCAGAGUUAUGGACUCUAGUGUUAAGCCACAGGACUCAGAUUCUCUAUAUUGCAGAUAUUAGCUUUGUUAUCAUGUACUUGGAGGUUGUUCCUGGUUGCUUGGUUCUUGAAUCUGGCACUGGAAGUGGAUCUUUAACUACUUCGCUUGCAAGGGCUGUUGCUCCUACGGGACAUGUCCAUACGUUCGACUUCCAUGAGCAACGAGCUGGAUCGGCUAGGGAUGAUUUUGAGAGGACAGGUCUAAGCAGCAUAAUUAGUGUGCGAGUUAGGGAUAUUCAGGGCGAGGGAUUUCCGAAUGAAUUUGCUGGCUUGGCUGAUGCCGUAUUCUUGGAUCUACCCCAACCAUGGCUUGCUAUUCCCUCAGCCGCAAAAAUGUUAAAACAAGAUGGUACAUUGUGCUCAUUCUCUCCAUGUGUUGAGCAAGUACAGCGAUCAUGCGAAACACUUCAAAACUGCUUCACAGAUAUAAGAACAUUUGAGGUGCUGUUGCGCACAUACGAAGUUAGAGAAGGGAAAAUGGAAAACCUUAAUGGAGACAACAAUGGGUCUAAUGGUUCUUCUCUGCCUUGCAAGAGGAGGCAACGUUCUGGCGGAAGCUAUGCGCCAGACAGUACUGUUUCUUCGGUUAUGGCUAGACCUUGUGGCGAAGCUAGAGGUCACACAGGUUUUUUGACAUUUGCAAGACUUAAAUGCCUCUGAUGAACAUUGCUACCAUGUCCAUCCAUUUUUGUAGCAAGGAAAAUACGCUUUCAAUUUAGUGCCUCCUUUCAGUUUGGCUAUCAUCAUCAUCAUUACAUAAUUAUAAUGUUGUGAUAUUUCUUUUUUGAAUUUGAAGGAGAUUUUAUUUAUGUAGUUAUAUUUUUAGUAGGAAUCAGACCUUUUUCUUCUUUUGUUUGUCUAAUUCUUAUAUUUUGAGAUUAUUCAAUUUGUUAGUUCUUUCUAGGAUGAGGAUCUUUUGUGUGUCAUAUAUUCACUUGAAAAUGUCACAGAACAAGAGAAACACAAUAUUGAAUUAUCAGCAUAAAUAACAAUAGCUCUUAUAAUGAUAA